AUGAGGAUUGGCAGUGGGAAUCGUCUCCUCUGUGGACCAAAAUCAGACUUAUAUAGGGAGUACUGCAAUACGAAGGAGGAGGAGGAGGAGGAGGAAACAGUUGAUGACUUGACCAGUUACAUUUAUGUCACGUCAAGCAUUGGUGUCAAAUAUCGAGUCACCUUUACAGCUGAAAAUGCUACGCUUGAGCCCCUCUUCAUUCUACCACGAAAUUCACCUCCAACUCAGAAUGAAAAGAUCAGUCAGAUCACUUCGCGCAUGAAGGUGUACGAAGAUCCAGGCAAACUGAAUUACGUGGCAGUUAAACGACCCAAAUUUAGCCUAAUUGAGAGCACGAUGUUGGAGAAACCGGCCCCACCGGUUCAGGUGUACAUCUCAAGUCCGAUUACUCCCAAAAAGGGUGUAAAUAGCAUAAGUAGACCUGAAAAAACUCACAACACUGGUUUCAUUUACAUUAAUACUGAUGGUUUUAUCCUGAAGGUAAGGAUUCCACCGCUCUCUAUCAAAAAAGUUCGCCAUCCCAUUACCAAGGAGGUGCGCUCUACAAUGGAGCGUCUGCGAAUGCCCUGCUCAGAGGAAUACAAGAAUAAGGCUCGUCUUCUAGUUCGAUUGGGUAAUGACCUCUUCUGGGUGUACUUUGACCUAAUCGAUUGCAAUGUCACCAGACUGUCCGAGCAUAAAUCUCUCGCUGUCCAGACUGAAAAUCACAUGAUAAUUCGGCAGUUCUUUAGCCACUUUACCAAUAAACGAGUAAAUUUGCAGCUACCCGAGAGCACUUACGUCUACCAUGAUCCCAUGGUAGAGAUUCGUCGGGUGAAUCAUUACUUUGCUAAUUUAAACAUCGCGCCUCUUUGGAAGUACCAAAUGUAUCAGAAGAGAAUCACCCAAAUGCGCGAGCAUACUACACUGGAGGGAGAGAUAGGAAAGGUGAUAAAACGAGCUCGUGGAUCAACUGUGACAUUUGAUGGAUUUGAUACCAUAGUUACAGCGAUAGGCGGCCUGAUGCAUGGCAUUGUGGUAAGGGGUGACGAUGCCUAUGAGGCAAAAAUUCACACAUUUCUAGGCGACGAGAAGAAGCCUGAAACUGAGGAGCUGCUAAGUGAUUGGAGGUAUGAGGAGGGGGACGAGGAGAUGCAAGGCGAGGCGAACGUCAAUGUGAAUUCAUACCGUCCACAUUUGUGGGAGAAUGAGGAGGUGGAAGAGACCUUGGAGAGCAUGAAUAUGCCUUCUACUGUUGUCAAUUAG